AGAAGAUUAGUGAACCAGACAGUUGUUGACAAGCUGAUUUAACAUUCAGGUUAAUUUAACAUCCAGGUUAAUUUAACAUCCAGGUUAAUUUAACAUUCAGGUUAAUUUAACAUUCAGGUUAAUUUACCGUUCUGGUUAAACAGUUUAACGUUGACAGUCGACUGUAGGGUGACUACAUUAUUUACAUCUCCAUGGAUCAAGCAUCAUUGUUACUGAGCUCUUCGGAGCUGUUCACCAAACAACUGAAAGCCUUCAAGGAAGAAAACAACGCUCUGAAGGAGAUCGCCAAGUUGCUGUCAGAGAAAGACCAGCGCUGGGAAAGAAUAGUCCAACUGUUGGAAGCCCAGCAGAAGGAACUGCAGGACAACUUUACUUUGGACCUUGCUGAGAAGCAACGAGGCUGGGAGACGCAGCAGACUCAACUCCAGAUCAGAGUGAACCAUUUGACGUGGCACAUUCGCGAUAAGGACGCUGUAAUCCUUGGUCUCCACCAGGAGCAGCAUCAUAAGGACGCUGUGAUCCUUGAUCUCCAGCAGGAGCAGCACGAUAAGGACGCUGUGAUCCUUGAUCUUAGCCAGGAGCAGCACGAUAAGGACGCUGUGAUCCUUGAUCUCCAGCAGGAGCAGCAUCAUAAGGACGCUGUGAUCCUUGAUCUUAGCCAGGAGCAGCACGAUAAGGACGCUGUGAUCCUUGAUCUUAGCCAGGAGCAGCAUCAUAAGGACGCUGUGAUCCUUGAUCUUAGCCAGGAGCAGCACGAUAAGGACGCUGGGAUCCUUGAUCUCCAGCAGGAGCAGCAUCAUAAGGACGCUGUGAUCCUUGAUCUCCAGCAGGAGCAGCACGAUAAGGACGCUGUGAUCCUUGAUCUUAGCCAGGAGCAGCACGAUAAGGACGCUGUGAUCCUUGAUCUCCAGCAGGAGCAGCAUGAUAAGGACGCUGUGAUCCUUGAUCUCCAGCAGGAGCAGCACGAUAAGGACGCUGUGAUCCUUGAUCUCCAGCAGGAGCAGCAUGAUAAGGACGCUGUGAUCCUUGAUCUCCAGCAGGAGCAGCAUGAUAAGGACGCUGUGAUCCUUGAUCUCCAGCAGGAGCAGCAUGAUAAGGACGCUGUGAUCCUUGAUCUCCAGCAGGAGCAGCGCGAUAAGGACGCUGUGAUCCUUGAUCUCCAGCAGGAGCAGCGCGAUAAGGACGCUGUGAUCCUUGAUCUCCAGCAGGAGCAGCGCGAUAAGGACGCUGUGAUCCUUGAUCUCCAGCAGGAGCAGCGCGAUAAGGACGCUGUGAUCCUUGAUCUCCAGCAGGAGCAGCGCGAUAAGGACGCUGUGAUCCUCGAUCUCCAGCAGGAGCAGCGCGAUAAGGACGCUGUGAUCUUUGGUCUCUUCCAGGAGAAGAAGAGUCUCAAUGAAAAGCUCGUGGAGACCAGAACCGAGCUGUUGAGCUCUGCAGAUGAACUCCGACAGAGAGAGGACGCCUGGCAGGCCAAAUACAAGGCUCUGGAGGACAAUGUCACAAAGGUCCUGACAGAAAAAGACCAGAUCUGGAAGACUAAGGUCAGUCAGUUGGAGGACGUUAACAAGGACCUGACGGACAGAGAACAGAGCCUGGAGACCACAGUCCAACACAUGGAGGUUGAGAAGAAGCUCCUGGAGGACAUCUGCCUGAAAAUGAAGAAGAAGAUGAGAGGAGUCUUUUCUCGCAGGAGGACCGAGGAUCGAGAGACAACAUUACAGAAGAUGAAAAAGGAAGAGACGGAGCGGGAGGGGGUGGAGAAGAAAGAGAAGAAGAAAGGUUGUUUUCGCUGGAUGCGCAGGUUCUUCCUGAAGCGUGACGGCAACAGUCAGGUAGAGGAGGCUGCAGCUCAGGUUGGAUACCAGCAGAUCCCUCUUCCUCCCCCCUUCGCCUUCCCGUCUUCCCUCCACCCUCACCUUCCUCUCUCAACCUCCCCCUCAUCCUCUACGUCAUCACCGUCCCUCCACCCCUACAUCCCUCUUCAGUGAUUAGUGAUUAGCACUGCAGCCUCACAGAGACACCUCCACCUGUCCGGCUGUGGGGAGUUUGUAUAUUCUCCCUGUGUCUGCAUGAGUUUUCUCCUGGUGCUCAGGUUUCCCCAGAAUUCCUAGUUAUGCAUGAGGCUAACUGGACACUCUAAAUUACCUCCAAAUAUCUUUUUAAUAUAUUUUUAGGUAAUUUAGAGUAUUCAAAAAAAUUUCAGUCAAUCAUAUUUCAGUAAGGGGAUUCUCCUGGUGCUCAGGUUUCUCCCACAAUAUAUAUAUUAAAAUAAAUAAAAA